AUGCGUCACUGUUUAACAAAUCAAUAUAGUUACCCAUUAGAUAGUAUACCAAUAUCAUUAGGUGGUAGUUAUGAUCCAAUGCUUACUGGAACUGUUCGUUAUCAAAUGUGUUUAUCAACAACAUCAAAUCCUCAAUCAAUCUGUUAUCCUUACUAUUGUCUUAACUAUCAACCAAUGUCAAUAAAACCUACGAAUGAGAAUUUAUUUACUCAAGAUAAAUCGUCUGUUUCACCAAAAACAAUAACAAAAAUAAAAUAUUGA